CCGUUUCAUCCAACCCUGUCAGUUACAACAUGGGUAGCGCAUCGUCGAAAGCUGCGCGACGGUUUCCAAAGGACAAGCCAAGUUGGUCUGGAGCAAGAACACCGGGUCCAUACGACGGCGCCCCAUCGUCAGGAGCCCCGAGGGCCGGGCGGCCUCCGAGAGUCAUGGCGAGCGAGACCAGGUCUGCAGCCAUCGAGGAAGAUGCCAAGGACCCGCAUCUAAACGCGAACCUGAGCCGCCUCGGGCCCGUGCGCGUCGACCACCACAUGCAGAACCGGCGAACCGCCGCAGACGACCAAGUGAGCAACAUGUACCGCGCGCGCACGCAGUCCGAGCUCGACGCUGCGUCCGCGUCCGCGUCGAACUUCGGGACGGCAAGCCAGAGCCAGAGCCAAGGCCAGCGGCGGAACCGCGUGCUGGCGAGCACGCUCGCGGAGCUGCUGGACGCGCGCAAGGACUCGAGUGCUGGUGGUGCUGACGGCGUCGAUGCGCGCGCCGAGCGCGCGGGCCUCAGCCCGGAGACCCUGCGCGUGCUGGCGCGACGCGUGAACACGCCGAGCGCGGACGAGGCGACGGUCAAGCGCGUUGCGCUCGAGAACGGGGAGGAAGAAGUGACCAUGGAGGCUCGGUGGGUGGAACCUGCGCGAGCAUAGGAACGAGCAAGCGCGUACGGAAUUCUGCCGCUGGGGAGGACGGGAAUGGUGAAAUCGUGAUUUGGUUCAUUGUUCAAGGUGCUAACGAUCAUGAAUGCUAUGGAAGAUAGAAAUACAGUACAGCUACAUGUAAUAAGGGCGGUCAGCUCAAAAAUGCACUCUUAUG